CCAGUGUGAUCCGAGCACAAGCAUCCAGUUGUGGAGACUACAGCACAACGAGCCUGUGGACGGACAGGGCAGUAACUUAUCAAAUAUGAUACAACUUUGUGUAAAACAUUGAAUUUGUAGAUGCAUCGAAAUGUUGACUUUAUAUCCCCUUUUGCCCAUGUUUUAGAGAUGAGGCGUGAGAUGAAGGACAUCAGGCUCACCCCACGAGAAGCAGUGCAUGAUCAACGCCACCCUCAGCAAGGAGAUCUGCUAGAAGUACAGGCAGUGAUGCCUGGGGCCUUCAGCAAGUAAGACACAGGUACUGACAGGAGGCGUGACGAGAAUGCUGAUCCAGUGCCCCAUCCCCAAAACUGAUUGGAAUAAAAGCUCAAGAUCAUUGCCAGGGACAACAGCAGCAGAGUGCGAAUCCAAUCUGAAAAAGAUCUACACAGUACAAACUGUUCAGAGUUUCUGGAGUGUAUACAACAACAUCCCUCCUGUGACUACACUGCCUCUAAGAUGUAGUUAUCACUUAAUGCAUGGAGAGAGGAGGCCCCUAUGGGAAGAAGAAAGUAAUGCUAAAGGUGGAGUCUGGAAGAUGAAAGUACCAAAAGAAAGCACUUCUGCUGUUUGGAAGGAGUUGUUACUUGCCACGAUUGGAGAGCAGUUUGCUGAUUAUUGUGCUUCAGAGGAUGAAGUGGUUGGUGUAAGCGUUAGUAUUCGAGAUCGAGACGAUGUUGUUCAAGUCUGGAACGGAAAUGCAUCUCUUGCUAGUGAAGCAAAUAUCUUAGGGAAAGUCUAUGAACUCCUUCCGCACAUAACUUUUAAAGCAGUAUUUUAUAAAUCUCACAGAGAACAUCAUGCCUUUGAAGGAGGGCGUUCACGACAUUAGCCUCUGCACUUUUUGAUAAAGCUCUAUUCUCGCCUGGAUUUAACCUUCUCUCCUGAACUUAAUCCAAAAUAUAAUUUUGCAUACUGUACAUCGAACCGAGGAAACGUCAUAGAAUGUUAUUGAUAUAUAUUUUUAUAGAUUCAAAUGGCUGAGUUUCAGUCUGAUGCCUUUUAUUGUUUUUUUUUGUUUGUUCUGGAAACACAAUUCUGAAGAGAUUCUAUCUUUAAUGUACUGGUAGGUCUUUUUUAAUUUAGUCUGUCAUUUAAAAAAAAAGGUCCUUUAGUCUUCAUUCAUGUAAUUUCUGUAAAUGUGCUGUUUCUUCUUUAGAAUGAUAAUGCGCGCUAUCGCUGCACUGUCACUGCUCUGCCACUGCUCUGCUCUCUUGGCAUGCCAUGGACCUCACAAGCGAGCAUUGAUCCCUACUGUAUCUAUGGCACACCACUGACCCACAGUUCACUGGUUUUCACUACAUAUUCCCUUAGAGUGAUGUUGCUUGUUUAUACAAUGUAUGUUUUUAGCUGUCUUGGAAUUAUGAACAGCUUGUUCCAUAUAUACUUUGACUCAUUUGUGAAAAAUUUAGUGUUCUAAAAGUUGUAGUAUUUGUAACUGUUGGCAGACAGUGCUUUUUGGCACACACUCAUGUCUCACCAAUAUUAACAUCAGCAUUGAAGUUAGAGACAUUGACUCAAAUGCUACAGGUAGCAAUGAGCGAAGUCCCCAGACAUUCUUACACAUUAUGAUUAUACCUUGAUUGCAGAGCUGUUAAUAUGCAAUAGGUAUGAACAGUGUUAUACUGGUGUAUUUUUAUUUUGUAUCAGAAAAAAUUUAACUUUAAAAGGAUCAAAUAUUAACAAAGUACUGUAUAUAUAGUACAUUUACACAUUUCUAAAAGUGUGGUAAAUGCAUUCUUUGGAAGUGUUUGGGUGAAUAUAAUAAUAGGAUAAGUUACCAUUCACCUUAUUGAAACUCAGCCCAAAAUAUAAACAAAUAUCACAUGCUGCUGUCACAUCACUGUCACCAGAACACUUGUGCUGCUAAUAUACACUAUAUAUGCAAAAGUAUUUGGACACCCUUUCAAAUUUGUGGAUACGGCUGUUUCAGCCACACCUGUUGCUGACAGGUGUAUAAAAUCGAGCACACAGCCAUGCAAUCGCCAUAGAC